AUGGCAUCGCUGAUAAAUCAUAAUUACACAACAAGUUAUUUCAAAAGUGUCGAGGCACCAAAAAAUAUUCCAUUUCCACAAUAUUAUGAUGUAGUAAUGGAUUGGAAAUUUCCAUUAACUGUAGCGGCAAUUUACGCAAUUGUCAUAACAUUGCUAAAUCCAAAACCUCAAUCCACUUCUCUUAACAAAAAUAUCAAUAGUUAUAAUGUUUCUCGUGCUGUUGCUCAAUCAAAAGGUUUAAAAGUUUCAAAUAUAAAACAAAGUGGACAAUUUAUGACAGCUAUUGUAUUCAUUCAUAAUUUGAUUUUGUGUUUAUAUUCUUUAAUAACAUUUGUAUCAAUGGGUUCUACCUUUGUAAAUAAUUUUUAUGAUCAUCGGAACAAUUUAAUGGAUGCUUACUGUGAUAGAGAUGGAUCAUUGUGGGAAGAAGGUCUUGGAUAUUGGGGUUAUCUUUUCUAUCUAUCAAAAUACUACGAAAUAAUUGAUACUAUAAUUAUCUUGAUGAAAGGUCGUCGCUCAUCAUUUCUACAAACUUAUCAUCAUGCAGAUGAAAAAAAGACAUCAACACUAAUUAAAGAAACAUUAGAAACAGAGAGAUUUAAUGAUAUCGGUAACAAUAUAAUAUCGCCUAUCGAAAUAAUGAUUGAUGUUAAAAAAGAGUUUAGUAAUGGUGUGAAGGAAGUUGUCAUAACCACAGCUACAACAGCACCUCUUACUCAUAUAAUGUUUGCUGGAGGAUUUGGUGGAUCAACUGCUGAUUUUUUAAUGCAUAGUGUUGAUACAGUCAAAACCAGAUUACAAGGUCAAAAAUUUACCAAGCCACCAAAAUAUCAAAAUAUGUUACAUGCAUAUGUUACAAUACUUAAGCAAGAGGGUAUAAUGCGUGGAUUAUAUGGAGGAGUUUUGCCUGCAAUAUCAGGGUCAGUUCCUGCCACAACGAUUUAUUUUGGAACUUAUGAAUUCUUUAAGCGUAAUUUAACAGGGAUUGGAAUCCCUGAUACAAUUUCUCAUUUAUCAUCUGGAGCUCUUGGUGAUGUAGUUGCAUCUACAGUGUAUGUUCCAUCUGAGGUAUUGAAAACCAGAUUACAAUUACAAGGCCGAUACAAUAAUCCACAUUUUUUUUGUGGAUACAAUUAUAGAAAUACUUGGCACGCUGUGCAGAUGAUUUAUAAACUUGAAGGUGCAAGUGCAUUCUAUCAUGGUUAUAGAGCUACUUUAUUACGUGAUGUGCCAUUUUCUGCAUUACAAUUUGCUUUUUAUGAAAAAUUCAAGUUUUGGGCAGUUUUAUAUACAAGCAAGAAUAACUAUUCAUCAUCAUCUUCUUCUUCAACAACCAGUCAAUUAACAUUAAAAUGGGAAAUAAUAACAGGUACUUUGGCUGGUGCACUAGCUGCUGCAACCUCUACAUCAACAACAACUCCAAACCCAAACCCAAACCUAUCAUCAACAAUUUCAACUCCAUCUGCAUCUGCAAUAAAAACUUCAUCAACAGUUAUCAAUCCACCAACAUCAUCAAUACCUAAAUAUGCAACACAUUUUUAUGGUGGGAUAUGGGAAGGAAUGCAAUGGAAUUAUAAACAUCAUGGUUUGGCAGGAUUAUUUAGAGGUGUUGCCCCAAGAGUUGCUUGGACUGGCAUGCAAAGUGGUUUAAUGUUUGUAAUCUAUGAACAAGUUUUAUGUUUUUUAGGAAAUAUGGCAACAACUUCAAUUUAA